AUGUCACGCAGAGUCACUCGUUCAUCUGCGAGGCUCGCUGCAGAGUCUGGCGCCUCCACUACUUCGCCUGCCGCUCCCUCCAACCCUUCGACGGCCAUCUCCAUCCCAAACCCCCCUGCUGCCGUGUCGUCCAGAAAACGAAAGGCCCCGGCCCGUCGACCAUCCAGUCCUACCGAUCAUUCUGAAGAGACGAGCCCCCCGUCAGCCCGGCGCGGAAAGAGGCAAAAAUUGAUCGAGCCGGCCCAGCCCCAGCCAACAAGCGCACAGCCAGCUCCUCGGUCAACUCGAAGAAGAGCAGCUCAGAACGAGGUGGCCAUGUCUAAUAAUGGUUCCUCUUCAAAAUACACUGAAGAAUCCGAGAAACAAUUACACUCAAAAUCGAGUUCGCGCCGUCAGUCCAGCAGAAACAACAAGACACAAGACCUUUCUCCGCCUGCUCCCACCUCUCAGCCACGCCGACAUAGGAAACGCUUGACUAAGAAGGGUCAGGAUGUUCAGAUGAAAGACGAGGAAGAAGACGAGAAAAUUUCGACUCAAGAAAAAGAUACUGUCCCUCUCGCCCACCACUCGAACAGCGAUAGUAACGACGGAGACGAUCACACCGAUAUGGAUGAUGACGAUGGUCCCGAUCCUUUUUCCGCGGCCCUUUUCGGUGCUGGCCGUGGCCCUUCCUCAGGAUUGUCAAGUACACUGAGAGCCUUGAGUGGAAUGAUGAGUGGCAUGUCAUCAAGAUUGAGAGAGAUCCUAAACAAUCUACGACAGUCAGACAAUCCUACGAUGCAGAUGGUGGCCCUAGAAGAGUUGUCGAAUCUACUGCUGGUCUCCAAUGAAGACAAUCUGUCGGGUCAAUUUUCGCCAGAUCCUUAUGUCAAAGAACUUGUGGCCUUAAUGCAACCGAAUCCCAUCACGGGCGAGGAGAAUCCCGAGAUGAUGCUCUUGGCUUGCCGCUGUAUUGCCAAUCUAAUGGAGGCUUUACGAGGUUCGGUUGCCAACGUGGUGUAUGGAGGUGCUGUGCCGGUCCUUUGUCAGAAAUUGCUUGAUAUUCAGUACAUCGACGUCGCCGAGCAGGCCUUGAGCACGUUAUCUAAAGUCUCGAUCGACUUCCCUGGAUCAAUCGUCCGCGAGGGAGGUUUGACCGCUUGUCUUCAAUUCCUUGACUUCUUUGCCACCGGCACACAGCGAACUGCCGUUACCACCGCGGCCAAUUGCUGUCGUAACAUACCGCACGAUUCGUUCCCCGUCAUUCGGGAUGUUAUGCCGAUUCUACUCAACGUUUUGUCCAGCCACGAUCAAAAGGUGGUUGAGCAAGGCUGCUUGUGCGUCACUCGGGUCAUCGAUAGUUUCAAGCACAGUCCAGACAAGCUCGAGCAACUGGUUGAUCCUCCAUUACUUCGAGCAAUCCUGGGACUGCUUCUACCAGGCACUACCAAUCUCAUUGGCGCAAAUAUCCAUACGGAAUUUCUUCGCGUGCUCGCAAUAGUGGCGCGAGCAAGCCCCCGACUUUCCGCAGAAUUGUUGAAGAUGAAUGUCGUCGACACCUUGUACCAGAUUCUCACAGGCGUCUCGCCUCCGACUGAGACCGAUGACGCUGCCUCCAAGAUCGACAGCGUUGUCAUCAUGCAAGCCUUGAUCCAUAGACCGAGGGAACAGAUUUACGAAACUCUCAAUGUCAUCUGCGAACUCCUCCCAAGCCCAAACCUUUCCAGCGAAACGGAUUUCGAAGUUUGCGAAGACCUGGACGACUACAUGUCCGACGAUGGCAGCCAACAACCAGCCCAACAAUCGAAAACGGAGAAGAGGCUGGAGCUGCUUGCAGACUGCAAACAAGAGACACGCCGCUUUGCGACUAUUCUUCUACCAACGCUGACCGAUGCCUAUUCGAGCACCGUCAACCUCAGCGUCCGACAGAAGGUACUUAUCGCGCAGCUCAAAAUUCUUUCCAAUCUUGAAACCUCCGUCAUUGAGGAAGCUCUGCGUCCAGUGCCGUAUGCGUCAUUUCUCGCGUCAAUAUUGUCUCAGGAGGACCACCCAAGCUUGGUCAUGUUUGCUCUCCAAGCCUCAGAACUGCUUUUCGAGAGACUUGAAGAUAUCUACCAGUAUCAGUUCCAUCGCGAGGGUGUUAUUGGCGAGAUCAAGAAAUUGGCUGACAGGCCCCUCGAAAUCGACGCCAAGUCCUCCAAAAGCAGCGACCCUGCCGGUCGCAUUAGUGCUGUCGGGGAUAACAGAACCCAUGCAGCGCUCGGCAAUAACCAGCGCGAUCGACGAGCUGAUAAUGAUGACAAUGACGACGUCGACGAUGGAGAGGGUGAUGAAGAGGAUGGCGAGGAUCAUGAAGACGACGACCCAGAAGACGAAGACCAUGAUGAGAUCAGAGAGGACGACGAUGAAGAAGACGAUGAAAUCGGAGGCCGAGAUCACGAUCAUGGUCUAGAUGAUUCUCAGAGUUCAGACUCUUCUGAUGAUGACGACGACGACGACGAUGAGGUGCCUUCUCCAUUGGCCAUCGCCGGGGCUGCCGAUUUGGUGGUUAUGCGUGCGAAGAAAUUUUUGGAAAAAUAUGACACACCAAAGGGGAGAGAGCUGAAGGACAAGGCCUCCAAGAUCCGUUCCGACCUCCAUAAGCUGGCCAACAAUAUCGAAACUUUCUACCGCCAACCGAAUCAGGUGGACGCUGACGACAAUCUCUUUAUCCGCCUCGCAAAUUAUUUCGAUGGAGAUGCCUUGGAGAGCAUAACCAGUUCCGAAUUGUUGGACUCAGGGAUCAUUCGAGUGUUAGUCCAAGCUUUGUCUGAGGUCCCUUCGGCGUACAGCACUGCUAGAGCACAUCUUGUUGCGGCCUUCAUGGAAUCGACCUAUCGAGGCAACAUCAAAACGACCUCUGCGACAUCUGCGGCGACGCCCUUCAGUGUUCUCAUUCAAAAGCUACAGGAUCUACUGAGCCGUGCGGAACAUUUCGAGGUUCUCACAGUGAACAACAACGCUUCCGAGAGCAGUCGGAGCAGCUCCACUUCUAUGCUGUCGCGCCAGCUACGCUUGAAACUUUCAGCCGAUGCCGAUAGCGAUAUCCCUCCUACAUAUCGUGAUAUGGUCGUCUCCAUUCACGCUAUUGCCACCUUCAGAGCACUGGAUGACUACCUUCGACCUCGAAUCAGCCAAUCCGAGCGCCCAGCAUCGGCUCAGCGACGUCGGGACAUGCUUCAACAACUUGCAAAUGCUCGUCUCGCUCAUCUCUCUGGUGCGGCCGAGUCAGGAUUACUGUCUCCCUUCGGCCAGGAACUUAGUUCCCCGGCCCCUCCUGGGAGGAUAGAUUCUCGUGCCGAAUCUCGUGUCUCUGGUCGAACGAAACAACGAUCCGAAGAGCGCCAGAAUCCUGUGGACAGGAAGCCUACCGAAAAACCCGAGCGGAAGCGACUAACUCGUCGUACCCAAGCGUCCUCGUCCAAUCAGCCUCCGGCACCCGAGCCCAGCACCGAAGACACGUCUAACAAACUCGAAUGUGCCGAUGAGAAAGUUCUUGAAGAUGUUGAAGCUCCUGAUGCAGAAGACCACGGUGCGCUUGAAGCUUUCGUCGAUGGCCUUGAAGAGGAUGUUUCUGACGGAGAAGCGCCUGAACCGGGGGCCGUAAACAUGGAAAUCGGCUCCAGUGGCAAAGUGACAGCUCGAAAAGAAGAUGGUACGAGAGUCUUGACACCUCAGCCAGGAACACCUGUUCCUGGAAGCACCCGCCCAUCCUCGGGGCAAUCUCCAGGGCCAUCUCCCGCGGGGCCCGGAGGUCGCCCCUCAUAUGCUCAAGCGCUUGCAUCGGUUCCUCAAGAUUGGCACAUCGAGUUCAGCAUCGACGGGAAGAUCAUACCGAACAAUACGACCAUCUACCGAGCCGUUCACCACAACCGUGAUCAGCCACAGGUUCCGGCAUCGCGGAGCGUGUGGUCUGGCGUUCAUACCGUCAAGUUCAGAAAGGUCCGAGGCCCUCCUCCUACAUCAUCAACUAUCUCUACAUGGGACGAAGGCGAAAGCCGAGGAUCCAAAAAUGGUCUGCCGGCUUCGUUUAGUGGCCACCCUGUCACUUCCUCCAUUCUCGCUCUGCUCCGAAUCCUCCACGAGCUCAACGCAAAUCUUGACGAAUUACGAGAUUUCAUUGGACAACCCGGAUUGAAGCUCUACCCAGAAUCUCUCGCAUCUUUUAUCAACACCAAGUUGACUGCCAAGAUGAAUCGUCAGCUGGAGGAACCCUUGAUUGUGGCUAGUAACUGCUUGCCAGACUGGAGCGAAGACCUUGCUCGGUCAUUUCCUUUCCUUUUUCCCUUCGAGACUCGGCACCUUUUCUUGCAGUCAACCUCCUUCGGAUACUCACGCUCUAUGAUCCGAUGGCAAAAUAGUCAAUCGGAAAACGAUGACCGCCGCGACCGUCGCAGAGAUGACAGACCCAUGUUGGGCCGGCCUCAGCGGCAGAAGGUGCGCAUCUCUCGACACCGUAUCUUGGAGUCUGGCAUGAAGGUGAUGGACAUGUAUGGCGCGUCCCCCAGUGUCUUGGAAGUUGAGUACUUUGAAGAGGUUGGGACAGGUUUAGGCCCGACUCUGGAAUUUUACUCGACCGUGUCGAAGGAGUUCUGCAAGAAGAAGUUGAAAAUGUGGCGCGAGAACGAUUCGGCCGAUAACGAUCAGUUCGCUUUUGGCAAGAACGGCCUUUUUCCAACCCCAAUGAGUGCGGAGGAGAGCCAAAGCGAAGCCGGCAAAAAGCUGUUGUUGCUGUUCAAAACACUCGGAAAAUUCGUAGCUCGUUCGAUGCUCGAUUCCCGCAUCAUCGAUAUCGCCUUCAGCCCAACUUUUUUCAAGAUGGGUGGUGUCAGCAAUGCAGCGCCCUCAGUUGGCUUGUUGCGAACGAUCGACCAGGACCUUGCAAAUUCUCUAUCUCAACUUCAACAAUUCCUCAAAGCCAAGACAAAGAUCGAACUCGAUUCAUGCAUGACAGAGAUUGAGAAGGCACGAGCGAUCGAGCAACUCACUAUCCACGGAGCCAAAGUUGAGGAUCUCAUGCUCGACUUCACCCUACCUGGCUAUCCUGGCAUUGAGCUCAUUCCCAAUGGAUCGAACGUUACGGUCACCAUGGAAAAUAUCCAGCAAUAUAUUGAACGAGUGCUCGACUUGAGUCUCGGGAGCGGUGUUCGAGCUCAGAUUGAGGCCUUUCAGUCUGGCUUCUCCCAAGUCUUUUCGUACUCAUCUCUGAGAGCAUUUACCCCCGAUGAGCUGGUCAUGCUGUUUGGCCGCACCGAGGAAGACUGGAGUAUUGAAACACUGAUGGACUCUGUCAAAGCCGAUCAUGGUUACAACAUGGACAGCAGGAGUGUCAAGAGCUUGUUGCAGACCAUGUCGGAACUUACACCAGCUCAACGCCGCGACUUCUUACAGUUCGUUACCGGCAGCCCCAAGCUUCCCAUUGGCGGAUUCAAGAGCCUCACACCGAUGUUUACUGUGGUCUGCAAACCCAGCGAACCACCUUACACAUCCGACGACUAUCUACCCAGUGUCAUGACCUGCGUCAAUUAUCUGAAAUUGCCAGACUACACGUCGCAGAAAGUGCUAAAGGAGAGAUUGUUUGUGGCGAUCCGAGAGGGGCAAGGAGCGUUCCAUUUGUCUUGA